AUGGCAGCCAGGCUCACCCCGUGCGGCUACUUCCUCGUCGCCACCGUCGCCCUCGCCGCCCUGCUCAUCGCCGUCGGCCACAGCUUGAAGGGCCAAAGCACGCCGAACGGCGAGCUUCCAUUCUGGUUCGAGGUCACCACCUGUGCGCUUGAGCAAGCUACCGGCGCCGCGGUGGGAGGCCGGAAGUUUAACGUGUACUCGAUCGAUGGGGGAGGCGAGUGCGGUGGCGAUGGCGAUCAGCGAAUGACGCUCACCGCCAAGGACGGGCUUCGUGCCGGCGGUCUAUACUUUCCGGUCAUCUUACUCCAAUCCGAGUCGUACGCGACUCUCGCCUACUCCAUCGUCGACGGCGACGGGAAGGUGGUCACGCCGACGACACUGCUCGAACUGGGCCCGCAGCAUCUGGAGGGCGGCAGCUUCUCCGGCAGGACAGACUACCCGUGGCGAUACUCCAGCUGGCCGCCCGCCGCACCACCGGCUGCCCGCAAGCUGGCAGAGGGGCGCGAGGAGAGCGUGGAGGAGGAGGCUGGCUCUGCGCAAAGGGCGGGGGCGGCGGACCUCUGGCUUGACUUGAGCGGCUGGGAGGAGGAGGAGGUGGAGAAUUCGGCGCAGGGGAAGACGGAGGAGGAGGAGGGGGUGGUGGCGGGGGAGGAGGAGGCGGAGGCGAGGACGGAGGAGGCGGCACGCCGCGCCUUGUCGGCCUCGCGCCGCCGCGGAGGAGGGGGAGGCUUCAGCCGGGGCAGCAGCUUCAGCCGGGGCGGCUCGUCCUCUUCGUGGGGCUUCUCGCGCGGCUCUUCCACCUCCUCCCGCCCCUCCACCUCCUCCUCCCGCCCCUCUUCCACCUCCUCCCGCCCCUCCACCUCCUCCUCCCGCCCCUCCUCCACCUCCCGCUCCCGCACCUCCUCCUCCUCCUCCUCCCGCUUCUCGGCCUCCUCCGCGUCCUCCUCCCGCUUCUCGGCCUCCUCCGCGUCCACCUCCUUCAACACCGCCCGCCGCCGCUCCGCCGCCGGCUCCGGCACCACCUCCUACUCUUCCCCCUCGACUCGCAGCUACUACUCCGCCGGAGCCGUCUACGGGGGAAGGAGCUCGUCCGCCGGCGCCGGCCGGUGGGGCCAGGCCACUCCCGCCUACUCCGGGCGAGGGUACGGCUACGGCGGCUACUACGGCUACGGGGGCCUCUACUCCCACAGCCCGCUCGGCCUGUACUACUCGCCCUUCCUCGGGUACGGCUACUACGGGCUCGGCUACCCUUACCUCUGGGGGCCGGCGGCACUCUACUACGGCAGCGCGCUCCACGUCGUGCGUCGGCGCCAGUACGCAUGCCACUGCUCGUGCGGCGGCGCGGCGGGCGGCGGGUCGGACGAGGGCUGCGAGGCGCGCGAGCACGAGACGGCGACGCUGGCUUCGGACCAGGACCGCCGCGGAGAUGCCGCCGAGAUGCCGCCGAGAUGCCGCCGAGAUGCAAGCCGCACCUCGGGAGCGUGCGGGUGCGAGGGGGUCGGUCCCUUGCUUCACCAGCGGGCUGGUUGGCUGCAGGACCGGUACGAGCUCGCGCCGGAGGACGACGAGCGGAAGGGCGGAGGCGCCGCCCGAGAUCUCACAGAGGGCUGCCCGAGAGGCGGCUUCCCGCUCUACCUGGUCGUGCACAACGCCACCGCCUGGGUCGACGUCACCGCCACGACGCAAGCCGCGCCGCCGCCCCUCUUCCUCACCCUCUGCACCAGCGACGGCGACGAGUACGGCGCGAGCGGUGGCGCGCUCUCCUCGUUCGGGUACGCCCUCCUCGCCGCGGGCUGCUGCGGGCUGCUGCUGCUCGCGUGCCGGCGAGGCUCCCUCUGCGAGAGCGGCGCACAGCCGAGGCGAGGGCCCGAGCUGGAGAUGCAGACCGCGCAGCACGGGUGGCCGAGUGCGACCGCCGCGUACCCCGGCGCCGCGCACCCGGGCGCCGCGGCCUAUCCCGGCUCCACGCCCGUCGCCCAAGUUCUGCAGUACAAGCCGCGCUUUCAGAAGCUCUGA